AGACUGAGCGGCUCCUGACCCCCAACCCUGGGUAUGGGACACGCACGGGGACUUCACCGCCCCCCCGGACCCCCCCAGAAGAGGAAGACCUCCGCCGCCGUCUCAAGUACUUUUUCAUGAGUCCCUGCGACAAGUUUCGGGCCAAGGGCCGCAAACCGUGCAAGCUGAUGUUGCAAGUGGUGAAGAUCCUGGUGGUCACCGUGCAGCUCAUUCUGUUCGGGCUCAGCAACCAGCUGGCCGUGACGUUCCGGGAAGAGAACACCAUCGCCUUUCGGCACCUCUUCCUGCUGGGCUACUCGGAUGGGGCGGACGACACGCUGGCGGCCUACACGCGGGAGCAGCUCUACCAGGCGAUCUUCUUCAGCGUGGACCAGUACCUGAUGCUGCCCGACGUGUCGCUGGGCCGGUACGCCUACGUCCGAGGCGGGGCAGGCCCUUUGGCCAACGGCUCGGCGCUGGCUCUGUGCCAACACUACUACCGCCACGGCCACGUGGACCCGGCCAACGAGACCUUUGACAUCGACCCGAUGGUCAUCACUGACUGCAUCGGGGUGGACCCCCCCGAGAGACCCCUCGUGCCCCCCAGUGACGAUGACCCUGUCCUCUUGGAUGGCACUUCUGGUUACAGGAACCUCACGCUCAAAUUCCACAAGCUGAUCAACGUCACCAUCCACUUCCAGUUGAAGACCAUCAACCUGCAGAGUCUCAUCAACAAUGAAAUCCCGGACUGCUACACCUUCGGCGUCUUGAUCACGUUCGACAACAAGGCUCACAGUGGGAGGGUCCCCAUCAGCCUGCAGACCCACGCCCACAUCCAGGAGUGUAAGCACCCCAGCGUCUUCAGGCACGGAGACAACAGCUUCCGGCUGCUGUUCGACGUGGUGGUCAUCCUCACCUGUGCCCUGUCCUUCCUGCUGUGCGCCCGCUCGCUGCUCCGCGGCUUCCUGCUGCAGAACGAGUUUGUGGGUUUCAUGUGGCGGCACCGAGGACGCGAGAUCGGCCUGUGGGAGCGGCUGGAGUUUGUCAACGGCUGGUACAUCUUGCUGGUCACCAGCGACGUCCUCACCAUCUCGGGCACCGUCAUGAAGAUCGGCAUCGAAGCCAAGAACCUGGCGAGCUACGACGUCUGCAGUAUCCUCCUCGGCACCUCCACGCUGCUCGUCUGGGUGGGCGUCAUCCGCUACCUGACCUUCUUCCACAAGUACAACAUCCUCAUCGCCACGCUGCGGGUGGCCCUCCCCAGCGUGAUGCGCUUCUGCUGCUGCGUGGCCGUCAUCUACCUGGGCUAUUGCUUCUGCGGCUGGAUCGUGCUGGGGCCCUACCACGUGAAGUUCCGCUCGCUGUCCAUGGUGUCCGAGUGCCUGUUCUCGCUCAUCAACGGGGACGACAUGUUCGUGACGUUCGCGGCCAUGCAGGCGCAGCAGGGCCGCAGCGGCCUGGUCUGGCUGUUCUCGCAGCUGUACCUGUACUCCUUCAUCAGCCUGUUCAUCUACAUGGUGCUCAGCCUCUUCAUCGCGCUCAUCACCGGUGCCUACGACACCAUCAAGCACCCAGACGGUGCCGGCGCGGAGAAGAGCGAGCUUCAGGCCUAUAUUGCGCAGUGCCAGGAUAGCCCCACUUCCGGCAAGUUCCGUCGCGGGAGCGGCUCAGCCUGCAGCCUUCUCUGCUGCUGUAGCAGGGACACCUCCGAGGAGCCUUCGCUGCUGGUGAAUUGACCACAGUUGCCUCGGAACUCAGCCUACGGACUAAGGGGACACCCCCUACUUAUUUAUUUUUAGGGUUUGCUUUUAAGGACCGGUUUCCUGCGGUGCCCGGAGGGCCCAGGCCAAUCGGGUCGGACAUUGGGGCGGGGUGGGUGUGAAAUAAACGGGAAAAUACA